UUGUGCUGAUGCUAAAUUUCUGGUUUUGAUAAUGUACUGUACUUCUAUUACCAUUAGGGAAAGCUGGUUGAUGGGCACAUGGGAACCCUGUAUUUUUUUUUUUUUUUGCAACUCUAAAACGUUUUCCAAGACAAUUAUUAUUUUUUUGUAAAAGAAAAUAACUUGGUCAGGACUUUAGAUGAGAUAAGACAGAUCUCGGGGUGGGUGGAGCUGGAGCCACACACACCGGAUUUAUGAAGGAGAUGUUGUCAUUGAUCAUUUCCUGGCUUGGUUGUGAGAAGGAAACUGUACACCAGGUGGUGGAGAACCAAAGUGUCAGGGUGAAACCUCUACCCACACAGCCUGGGCACAAAGUGGCAGGAGGGAGCCAUGAUGGCCCAGUCCCCCUUCUUCCUUUGAACUAUAAAACUGAAGACAGGAUCUCGGUCUGGGUGGAAGGGACACUAUGAUCACAGAAUUUCUGUCCUUGCUUUGCCUCGGGCUUUCCCUGGGCUUUGAAGAUGAGAAAAAGAAUGGUGAGUUUUCUUGCAUACACUUGAUCUGUUCCUGCAUCCCAAGUUUUCUGUCUGAUCCUCUGAAUUCUGGGAGGGCAUUGGCAGUCAUCACUUGGAAGAUUCAGACUAACUCCGAAUUCUUUCCAGAGACACUUACCAAACCCUACCUCAGUGCCUUGCCCAGCCCAGUGGUUGAACAGGGACAUAACGUGACCUUGAGGUGCCUGGGUCACCGCCACAAUGUGACAUUCAUGCUGGGGAAGCUGCAGGACUCUGGGUACAGACAGGAGCAGAGAUCUGCAGGAUAUGAGGCUGAAUUCCUCCUCACUCACCUGGAGCCAAAAGAUGCUGGGACGUACUUUUGUGCCUACAAGACAAUGGACUCCCAGGAGUUGUCAGAGGAGAGUGAACACCUGCAGCUGGAGGUCACAGAUGACCGCAAUAAACGCAGAGCCCCUCCAGGGGGAAAAGUCACCAGAUCCAUAAUUGCUGCCACCUGCAGCUGUCUCUCCAUUUUGCUCCUCUUCCUCUCCGUCUUCCUCAUCAACAGAUGCACCCAGCAUGAUUUGUCACAUGAAGAAUCCACCGAGAGAACGAGCCAUUCCAAACUGCCCCAGCAGGAGGCUCUGGGUGAGUGAUAAGGGAAGAAACCACAUGGGCAUGGUGGGAUAGGAAGGGUAAGUCUGACUCCUGCAAUCCGAGAAUUGAUUUCUUUUCCCUUUCUCUCACAUGCAGAUUCAUCCGACCUGGAAAGGACAUCUGUCUCGGCUGAAAGACCCCCAGGGAGUGAGCUAUGCUGAUCGAAACCCCAAGGCACCACCUGCGGCGGCUUCUGUCCCCCGCCAAGGAGCCCCCAGGAUCCUGUGAACGGACAGUGCUGUAGGAUCCCUGGAAGGAGGAGAACGUGAUUUAAGGUGGUGGAGGUGACUGAACACAUGGAAGCUAGGUCACUGUGUGUCCUUGGCUCAUAAUCCAUAGUAAUAAAAUGAAGUUUCUGCUUUUUUUUGCUUCCACACCUCUCAAGAAUUACUGGCUGGAUUUCCCCAAAAUUUGGAGUGUGACUUUAGUACGGUUUGACUUAAAACAUAGGCUAAGAACACAUACCAUGUGUAUGGGCUGGUAGUACCAGGAUACCCACUUAGGGAAUUCUAGAUGGCACCCCAUACAUAGAAAACUGUUCCCCCAGAAAACUCCAUUGAUUGCUGUUGGGUGAAGCAUAGAAAACUGUUCCCCCAGAAAACUCCAUUGAUUGCUGUUGGGUGAGGCAUCCCAUAGACCAAGGGAUUUUGAAAGCAUAGAAAACUGUUCCCCCAGAAAACUCCAUUGAUUGCUGUUGGGUGAGGCAUCCCAUACACCAAGUGAUUUUGAAAAGGAGCACAAGAUACAAGCCACAAAUGUAGACACCCAACUGCGACCUAUCAAACGCAACCCUAAGUCGCAUGCACCGGGGUAAGUCACUAAACGUAUUUGGUUCAUGAUCCUUCCAAGCUGUGCUGGGCAGAGCCAUCCAGUCUUAAAGUUAAGACCAGUUUCCUUUCUGAUGCGAAUGGGAGAGUUUUCUCAGUGCCACCGUGUUUCUAUCUACAUUAUUUCUUUGAAAUCGAAGGAUACGACGAAGCUAGACUUGCCAAGUAUAUGUUGGUAUUGUUAUUGGGCACCCAUAACUUCAUUAAUUUACCUAUUAUGUCAUUGUAAGGAUUUUUCUGAGGGUGGGCUUUUUUGUGUGACAAUGACACCGAAUGGCCAGUUACGUAUCAACACAAAUACACAAGCUCUGAUUCCAAAGUUAUGUCAGCCAAUCAGGUUUGGAAGUCACUGUUUAAUAUGUGAAUGAACCAAAGUGUAAGCAUUCAGGAUGCACAUGUAAAUAUUCUUAGCUCACAAGCAUAUACAGGGUAACUCUUCUCUUUCUAGGUUAGGUUUUUAAUUAUGAAGUGAUUCAACCAUAAUGGAAAACACCAAAUAGUAUAAAUGGAAACAGGCACACUGACCUUACUUUCUAGACAUUAACAUUUUGCUGUGUUUCACCACUACCAUAUCCAAUCUCUUGUCCUUCCUCUCUCCCCAGAGGUGAACAUUAUCCA